AUGUCAGACGAGCAACUUGAAUCCAAAAUUGCCACAAGUGGGCAAUCACAUCUUCUCAAAUUUGUUUCGAAACUAUCUCCAAAUGAAAAGUCCCUGUACUAUACAACACUUGCUUCUCUGGACUUCGACUGUAUUUCAAAAUUGUUGCACCCACAAAACUUCCUCACAGGAAACAUUGCCCCAUUCCCCAACGUGUCAUCAGUCACUUCUCCUGACUACAACAAAUGGAUUAACAGAGGCCUCGAGCUUAUAAAAGAAGGAAGAGCUGCUGUUGUUAUGCUGGCUGGAGGACAAGGAACCAGGCUCGGGUUUGAUCACCCAAAGGGGUGCUACGACAUCGGCCUUCCAAGCCACAAAAGUCUCUUCCAAAUCCAGAGCGAGAGGCUGCAAUCCCUCCAACGACUUGCCAAUACGACAAAUGCCAUUCCACUUGUUGUGAUGACGAACCACUCUAACUCUAUUGAAAUACAACAGUACUAUGAAUCGCACAACUAUUUUGGGCUUAAUAAAAAUGAUGUCUACUUUUUCGAACAAGGAAUGCUACCAGCGGUUGACAAAGAUGGGAAAGUACUGAUGGAGACGACACAUUCGGUUUCACUUUCACCAAAUGGGAAUGGAGGAGUUUAUAGAGGGCUGAUGGAGAGUGGGGUGUUGGCAAAUUUGGACGCAAGAGGAGUCAAAUACGUCAUUCAGACGGCUGUUGACAACGUCUUGAAUAAAAUGGCGGACCCGGCCUUCAUUGGGUAUAUGGACUACAACGGAUUUGACUGCUGUGCAAAGGUGUUACCAAAGACAUCACCCAAAGAGGCUGUAGGGGUGUUGGUGUUAAAAAACAAUGAACCAGCUGUAGUUGAGUACUCUGAGAUAUCAGGAGAGAUGGCUGAGAGAAGAGACUCAAAGGGUGAAUUAGUGUUUAAUGCUGCACACAUCUGCAACAAUGGCUACACUGUUGAAUUUUUGAAAAAGGUUGGAGGAGAGUAUUUGCCGUUCCAUAUUGCACACAAAAAGGUCCCAUUUAUUGACGCAGACGGUAAAUUGGUUCACCCCGAAAGCCCAAAUGGAUUCAAAUUUGAGAUGUUCAUAUUUGACGCGUUUAGACUUGCUAAGAAGAUGGGAGCACUCGAGGUGAGAAGGGAAGAGGAAUUUUCUCCACUUAAAAACGCCAACGACGCCAAAGUAGACUGCCCAGACUCAGGGAGAAAAAUGUUCUGUGAACAAGCUAAGAAUUGGUUGAGAAAAGCAGGUGCGAGAGUGGAUGACUCACAGUCCGAUUUAUGCGAAAUCAGCUUUGCUAAAUCAUAUAAUGGAGAAGGGCUUGAGGAGUUCAAGGACAAAACAAUUAAAUUGCCAUUUUGUGUGAACUAA